AUGGAUUCCACAUCAAGUUACAGCAAAACAGAAAAUGGAGGGGUCACCAGCUCAAGCUUUCAUGUUGGCACACAUAGUUCAGAACAAGUUGUAAAUGGUAAUGGUGAGACUGAAGGCAAGCGGCGAACAUAUUUAGUGGAGUGGUUAAAUAGUUUACUUCCUACAUUAGGUUUACCAAAAACUGCUUCAGAUGAGAACUUGAGAUCAUGCUUGAUUGAUGGUACCAUUUUAUGUCGGAUAUUGAACAGGCUUAAACCUGGUUUUGUGGAUGAGGGGGGUAAAUCAGAUCAGGAUUCAGUGCCAUCCUCAGAAAACGUUGCAAGGUUUCUGGCAGCUAUGGAUGUACUGGGGGUUCCCAAAUUUGACAUGUCGGACCUAGAGAAGGGAUCUAUGAAGACUGUCACAGACUGUCUUUUAACACUUAAAGCACAGUUUAUGCCAAAUGUUAUGGGAGAUGGCUUUUCUAUAACAAGUCCAACUACUAAAUUUGACAACCAAUCUAGCCGUGGCCUUUUAUCUCCAUUAUCCGUAGAAGAGAGGCGGAAGGUCUUGUCUGAGUCAAAAUUUCAGCGCGCAUUGCGUAGUCCUGUUAUGUCAGAGCCAUCAGCUGCAUUAAUGCAUCAUGUUGGACAUAAGUUCCACGAGGUGUUUCAGAUGAAGCAAGGAUGCUAUGCUGAUCUUCCUGCUGCAAAAAUUUCAGAAAUGAUGAAACCCAACAGUUUAGAUAACGCGCCAACUCAGUCACUUUUGAGUGUUGUAAAUGGAAUUCUUGAUGAAAGUGUUGAAAGAAAGAGUGGUGAAAUACCUCAUCGUGUGGCUUGUCUUCUGAGAAAAGUUGUCCAAGAGAUUGAGCGGCGUAUAUCAACUCAAGCAGAGCAUUUAAGAACUCAAAACAACCUUUUUAAGGCUCGUGAAGAGAAAUACCAGUCAAGAGUCAAAGUACUUGAAGCCCUUGCUUCCGGUACAAGUGAAGAAAGCCAGCUCGUCAUGAACCACCAUCUUCAGCAAAUUAAGAAUGAGAGAACCAGAUUGGAAGCAAAGAAGAAAAUCGAUGAUGAGGAUGUGAUCAGAUUGCUGAAAGAGAAAGAUCAGAGCAACCUUGAAAUUUCAGGUUUAAAGCAAGAGUUGGAUAUAGCCAAAAAGACAUAUGACUUGCGUUGCUUGCAAAUGGAGACAGAAGCUAAAGGCGCUAGAGCAGAACUUGAACGUCUCUUGGAAGAGUCGAGGAAUAAGGUAAAAGAGCUUGAGGCAAAUUCUGAGUCAAAGUUUCAGCUUUCUAAGGCAGAGAUUGAAGAGAAAGUAAAAGGACUUGAAGGUCUCUUGGAAGAGUCAAAGAAUAAGGUGAAAAGGCUUGAGGCAAAUUCUGAGUCAAAAUAUCAGCUUUCUAAGGCAGAGCUUGAAGGGAGAGUAAAAGAACUUGAACGUCUCUUGGAAGAGUCAAAUAAUAAGGUGAAAGAGCUUGAGGCGAAUUCUGAGUCUAAAUAUCAGCUUUCUAAGGCAGCGCUUGAAGGGAGAAUAAAGGAACUUGAAGGUUUCCUGGCAGAGUCAAGGAAUAAGGUGAACGAGCUUGAGACAAAUUCUGAGUCAAAAUAUCAGUUUUCUAAAGCAGAGCUUGAAGAGAGAAUAAAAGAACUUGAACGCCUCUUGGCAGAUUCAAGGAAUGAGGCGAAACAACUUGCGGCAAAUGCAGAGUCAAAAUGUAAAAGUUGGAACAAGAAAGAGCACGCUUGCUAUAGCUUUAUGGAUUUUCAACUUGGUUCAUUGAAGGAACUGAGAUUAUCUACGGAGUCCAUUAAGCACGAAAUUUUGAAGGCAGGACAGAGUUAUACUGUAGAAUUUAAUCAAUUAGGAGUGAAGCUUCAAGCAUUAGCAGAUGCUUCUGAGAACUAUCAUGCACUCCUUGCUGAAAAUAGGAAGUUAUUUAACGAAAUUCAGGAUCUGAAAGGAAACAUUAGAGUGUAUUGUCGAAUAAGGCCAUUUCUUCCGGGACAGAGAGAAAAACGGACAUCGGUAGAACAUGUUGGUGAAAAUGGGGAACUGGUAGUUGCAGACCGCUCCAAACCAGGGAAAGAGGGUCAUCGAUUGUUUAAGUUUAAUAAGGUCUUUGGUUCAGAUGCAACUCAAGCCGAGGUAUACUCUGACACCCAACCAUUGAUUCGAUCUGUGCUUGAUGGAUAUAAUGUUUGUAUUUUUGCUUAUGGCCAAACUGGAUCUGGGAAAACCUACACAAUGACUGGUCCUAAUUCCUCAACUAAAGAGAACUGGGGGGUCAAUUUUCGAGCCUUAAAUGACCUUUUUGACAUCUCUCAGUGUAGAAAAAGCUCCAUCACCUAUGAAAUUGGAGUUCAAAUGGUUGAAAUAUAUAACGAACAAGUGCGCGAUUUACUAUCCAGCGAUGGGUCUCAGAAAAAAUAUCCUUGUCAGUUAUGA